CAUUCAGCGUUAGGAUAACAACUGAAUGUUUGGUCUGGUAAACUUAUUAUUCACGUUGUUGCUAAAAGUGCAAUGCCUUACAUCUGAAUUUCGGCUACAUGACCAACGUCUAUUACCUCAUGGUUUAUGGCACGCAUGCGUCUGGAAACCAAGCCUUAAGACAAAAAUUCUCCUGAGAUAGCCUUCUUUACGUAAUGGCAGGGGUGUACAGGGUCUGUUCCACUGAGAAACUGAAGCUGAUGGAGAAGGAGCUAUCAGCCCAGCUAUCCGCUCUCCGGACAGAGAUAGAGGAGAAUGGUAUCCUAGAUGUCUCUGCUUUGAAGUCCUACAGCUCUGUCCCAAUACCUAAAGACAUAUCCUACUUUCGUGUGGAGAGAGAGCAGAUCCUACAGGAGGGCCUAGAGGUGUCAGGGAUGCAGCCCAUGGUGUCCCAGGCAGACGUCAUGCAGAAAGAACUGGAAAGCUGCAGGAGCAGAGAGUACACACCAGAGAGCCUGCCUCUACAGCUGCACCAGUUCUAUACAGAUCGGUGCUCCCAGCUGGCACGGUGCAAGUAUCUUCACAUGUUGAGAUGGAGAAGGUUUUGCCGACACUCAGGCGUCAUUGAGCAGCUGUACCCUCUCUACAAGAAACAGGUAGCUCGACUGAUCGGCGAGUAUGAAGAUGCUGUUCAGCGGGCACGCAGGCUGGCCGUUUCACGGGAGAAGGCUCUGACUGGCAGAGGGAACCCUAUCAAUGCUGUCACCCAGGAAGAUGUGGUCAUCUACCUGCAGUGGUUGGUGUGCCACCUGCACUCCAUCAAGACUAUCCAUAGCUUUCUGAGGGAACUGCAGUAUCUGCCUGCAUAUGAGAGGAUUGGGGAUGACUCUUCAGAGUCCUGUGCUCCUGCAGAAACUCCCACAUUGAGGGAAUCCACCACGCAAGUCCCAGGAUCGCUUGGGGCAACUCCACUGCAGCCUUGGAGCACUGUAGGUAUAGGGCUUUCUGGAGUGGGCACAGAAGUCCCUAAACACACAUUGAGACGGGAGGAGUUUGGCCCCCAGCUGCAGCACCUCGUGUCUCACUUUAACAUCCAUUACAAUAUCCAGGAGAUGAGGACUGCUGCAGAUGAGAUGGAGCUCCUUGGCAUGGUAUCAAGUGAGUUCAGGGCCAUCUUCAGGAAGCAGGAGAAGAUGAAGACCUUCCUGGUAUACGGCUGCACCGAAGCAGCAGAGAAAUGCUGGGGGAAGAAGACUGGCAGCACUGCACUGAAGAAGGAGGACGACUGGACCCCCUUCAUACAGGUGAAGCCCCGAGUCGAUCCCUGGCAGCAGAAAUGCCUCAUCCACUUGAAGCAGCACCAGUCGGUGGAUGAGCUCCUUCAGAUGCACUGCAGGUUCCUACAAGUAUCGGAUCCCUUCAGAGUAAUGCAGACACUCCAGGAGAAUGCUGCCCAUAUGUCCAUGACAUCACACCUCACCAGGGAAGACUCUGUCCAGAUCUGGAAGAGGAUAUACUGCACUGAAAAUCUCCCUCAGGACUCAGAUGGAGCUGAGGAACCAGUCAAGGGCAGGCCUAAAAGAAGAAACAUUGCCAAGAAACAGAGCCAGGAAGGAUACAGCUAUAAGGAGAGCCUCCAGAAGCUGGGUCUGGAUGAUGAACAGGAAGGAAGUGGUGAUGACUCCACUGGGGCCAAUGGAGCCUACCUGGCUCUCCUUUAUCUUCGGCACCUUCGGAUCAGGCAGCUGCAGCGCACCUGUUUGGGGAUUCUGAACUAUCUGCGCUCAGUGGAGCGGACCCUCACCAUUGGCAUGGCAGGCCUGCAGACGGAGGGCGGAGAGCUGAGCAGCACUGCAGAGGCGUCAGCGUGGAUGAGUGCAACCAGGGGGGGCAGCGGCACCACAGGGGGGCUGGGAUCCCAGCAGUAUCUCCACAACACCCCUGCUGAUUACAAUGCACACCGUGCUGAGUUUAUGGAGUCCUCGGAAGUAGAGAACCACCUUGACUACUACAGCAGUGAGGAGGAUUUUCUGCACACGCAGGAUGCGUGCGGGCUAUACAUCAUCUAUGAUGUGGCCCUGAGGGACUUGGAAGAGCUGGAGCACUCUCUGCUUCUGGUGGCAUCCCUAUACAUCCAGAGAAAUGCAGGACAGGGUGCCUCUCAGAGGUUGUCAGAUUCUGAAAUGGACCUUCAGUUCUGGGCACAGCUUGAUGUUGACCGUGUUGCAGUCCUGCUGGACCUGUGGAUAUGCGAGGUGGCCUUCCUGCUAAGCAAAAUGCAGCUCAUGGAUUUCUACUUUGAGGCCUACCAGCAUGUGAUUGACGAUGGGGAGAGGCUCCGUCUUGCCCAGGUCAUCACAGAUGUCAUGCACCGAAGGCCUCGGCUGGACCUGAGCAGUGGCUACUUUGUACAGGCAUACAGGGAGGAGCUGGGCUGUCUGCAGAGCCACCAGCAGCUCCUCAGACUGAUCCUCAACUGCCAAAUAGAUGAGCAGCGGCACUAUCUCCAGCAGGUUUGGAGGGAUGGGUCAAGGGGACUAGGACAAGAUUACGGGCUGCCUCUAAACUACAUCCCCAAGCUGCUUGUCUCCCUCGGCAGCAACAGCCCUGCCCUGAGGAAUGUGUACCUGCUGGAGUUCCACCCCUCUCUCUGGCUGGCCUCCCAGCUGCACCAGGCUCUGACUCAGGCCCACACAGAACUCUGCCAUCUGUACAGAGCCAAGACCGCCAGUGAAAGAGUGGCCCUGGAGCAGAGGCUGCUGCUGCAGGCACUACAUAAAUGGCAGUCUCUGGCACCUCCUGGGGCUUCCUACAGUUCACAGAUUCAGAAGGAUUUGUUUUCAGAAGUUUUCUUCGAGGACCCUUUCUUUGUCAGAGACAUUGGCCUGAUGAUGCUCAGCUCUGCUAAGGAAGAGGAGACAAUGCGGGGCAAGGAGAGGCAACUCUUCAUGGUAGAGACAUUCUCCAAGCUGCUGGAGCUGGUCACUCUACGCCACCGGCUGAUUGAGUCUGCCUCGGAGACUGCACUGCUGUCACACCUGUAUAGCAACAUUGCCAGAGAGAUGGGAUUUGAACAGUUUCAUCUGCACUUGCGGCCAAUCCAGUUCGAGUUCGCUGUCCAUAAAGAGAAGACGGAGAAACCCCCGCUGUUUGUCACCACUCUGCUGCAGAACGACAGUACUGUCGACAGGUACACCCCAUCCAGCCUUCUUCUGAGUAUCCAGGAGAUUGAUGAGUGCCAGAUUGGCAAAUUCAGCUUUCGCUCUCAAGAGGCUGUUCUUCACCUCAUGAGCCAUUCUGGCAUAGAGAACCUGCAGGUAGCCUUGGCCUGUCAGGUGACACAGAAGAACACCCUGAUUGGUGCAGUGAAACAGGCCACACACUGCUAUUGGGCACAGUUCUCUGAGAGUGCUGAAGUGCAGGGGGGUCUUGACUUCAGUUCCCAGGUAGACUCUUUAGGAAAGGAGUAUGUGUCCGGCAGGGAGAGCCAUAGGGCUGUCAACAGACGCAGGAAAAGACCUGCUGAGGCCUUUGUGCCUAUACAGCUGGAGAAAGUUGGGCUACGGGACGAGAUGCUGAACGCCUUUGUGAAGAAAAGGGAGCUCAUGGGAACCAUAAUGAAAAAUCCGGAUGAAGUGGAGAAGAUCAAGAGGGCAAUGAUUCUGGAGUUCUGUCAAAAGAUGAGCACCCACAUGUCUCAUUGCUGCAUGAGGGCUGAGAUUGUGGGGCUGUACCACAGCCUGACUACUUUGCUGGAAGAUCUGCCCGCCAUCCAGCACUCUCACUUCAUGCUGGGUCAGGCAUACGAACAGAAGGCUGCCCGUGACUCGGAACUUGGCCUUCAGGCUGACCCCAGGAGUUUCCAACCAAGGCCCAGACGGGUCCUCUCGACAGACGGCAGGACCGUACUCAACCUGUGGUUCAUCCCUCAUUUCUCUGAGGUCCUAGUCAUGUUCCGGUCCCUGGAAGAGAUGGCAUGUCACAGAGCCCUCCAUCACACCCUGGAGAUAGUGUCUUCGCUUCAUGAUGUCAUCUAUUACCUGGUCAUCUUCUCUCGCCUGGGGGAUCAGCCCACCGCCACCCCCUCCAUAUCCAGAACAAGACUUCGGCUGAGUGCAGACCGAGAGGCCGCAGAAAGCAUCGGAGCAGAGCUCUCUGACAUCCAGAAGCAGAUUGAUAGCCUUGAUGACCCCAGUAGUACCGAGGCUGUGUGCCGUCUGCUCCAGCUGCGCAGGGAGGUGCUGUUCCUACAGUUUGAUGCAGCUGUGCGCCAUCAAAUCAGGGAGAUGUUCCUCUCCAAAGGCGACUGUGCGGCCUAUCAGACAGUGAGCGACAACAUGGGGCAUGCCCUCCCUAUGUUGGGUCACAGCAGGAGUGUGUAUGACUCCCAGCUUCCCCUGCCUCAGCCCUUGCAGCUACACUGCCCACAGACCCAGAAACUGUUUCCAUGGAGAUGUUUCCUCGCACUGCAUGGUGCAUUCCCUCUGACCAUCUGUAAUAUCCUGCCCAUUGAGUACUGCAUGCAGCUGUGUUUCAGUGGCCUCAGUGACCGCAGCAGGUUGGCGGCGAGUGGUGAGAUUCUGGCGGUGCACCUUCUAAUGGAGGAUGUGCUGAGCUGCAAUCGGGAUGCCGUUCCUUUCCGGCUGUGUUCCAGUGACGACAGCACCGCCAAGCAAGGCGAGGAGGAGGUCGGGGGCUGCUCUGAGACGGAAGGGGACGGAAGCUUGAAGGUGGCGGAAUGUACCUCUGCUCCCCACCGGAACCCCUUACAGGUUUACUCAGCACUGAGGUCAUUCCUGGUGCUCUGGAAGCAGCUGGAGGUGUUCAAGGAGAGCUGGGGGCAGCGACAGCUUGGUGUGGAGCAGAUCAACACACCCGCGCUUUACAAGCGUUUCUCCACGCUCUACAGAACAGAAAUUGUCUACCCCAGCAUGAGAGCAUUGGCCCGGCAGCUGGGCAAAGAGGGAGAGUAUCGCUUACCCCUGACUGACAGCCAACCUAUCCCACCUCCGACUGGAGCUUCUGAGGCAGAUAUCAAGGCGCAACAGCUACACAGGCUGCUAGAGAGCACUGAGGAGGACAUGAUCAUGGCGACGCAGAGGCGGAUUGCUCGAGAACUGAACCUGGUCAUUGCAGAAAGAGCACGACAGGACACUGGCCUUCCCACUGAGCUGUGGAAAAGAGGUUCCAUGCAACACAUAUUCUCCCCUGAACGGCCGCUGAUUGUGGAGAACUUCAUCCAGCAGCUGAUGGAAGGUGCAGAGGAGACAGGAGGCAGAGUGACAUUCUCCCGAGGACAUCUGCAGGCGAGCCUGACAGCACUGGCAUUUGCCGUGAUGGGCCGAGAGAGGAACUGCUUCCAGGCGUACUCCCUAUUCUACGAGCAUAUCCUACAACAGGAGAGCCAGCUGCUCUAUCGCAAAGAACAGGACAUGAAGGCACUGGAGGAGUCACAGAGACAGAGCUGUGGAGCUGAAAUUCAGGUAGCUGAGCUCUGUCGGGGGAUAAUGAUGGAGAUCACCGCCCUGCGCACGCGAUUGGUACAGAUGGAGGAUGACCGGAUGAGCUUACAGCAGCAGCUGAAUUUCGAACACCAGCACCGCUAUGACUCUUUGGUCCAACAUCUUUUCUCAUCCUGCAUUCAGCUGAAGGCCAGGCUGGAUGAAUACUAUGUGCGAAUGGAGCGAGAUGUGACCAUACUGGUGAGCAGGGUGAGGAAAGAGGCCGUGGACAGCAUUGCCCGGCUGAGGAGGAGGUUUGGCACCACCGAGGAUGAAGAGGCUCUCACAGAGACUCUGUCAAAGCAUUCAGACCUGCAGAGCCUGCGGGAGGAGAACAGCCAGCUGGAAGGCCUCAUAUGCAAACUGAGGGCCCUCAACCAAUGGAAGAACAGCAUCAGUGAGGUGAAACUGUCCAGCCAGCUGCACCACUGCAGACAGGAGGCAUUUCUGCUCCAGAAAGAGAAAGUAACAGUGAAGCUGAUGUCAGAGGAGGGGAUAGAGGUGCUGCAGCAGGAGCUGGACGUGACCAGAAGAGCCCUUUUGCAGUGCCAGGCAGAGUACAGCAGUGCCAGGAGACUUCUGAAAAAACAGGGUCAGCAGCUACGGGAGGUGGACCAUCGGCAGACCCAGGAGGAGCGUGGGCGGCAGCAGCGGGAUGCUCUGCGCUCGCUCAGUGUGCAGCGGCUGCAGGAGGAAGUCAGCAGCAGGGAACAACAGCUCAGAAGCCUGAGCACACGGAUGGAGCAGAGCGACCGAGACAGCCAGCUGCAGCGACUGCGCAGUCACCAGGAGAUCAAGCGGGUCAGAGGCCAGCUCCUGCAGGAGCGUAGCCUAAAACUGGAUGCCUUCCAGCAGGUGGACGAGCUGCAAAGCCAGGUCUACAGCACAGAGGCAGCUGUUACCGGAAGCGGGGCAUACCAAGGACGGAGCAAAAAGCCUCACUCCAUCACGACCCGCAGUGCUAACAGCAUCAGGAACACCGUGGGAGGGUCACCACUGUGUAGCUGGCCAGCAGCUCACUCAUCCUGUGACCUGGUCAGAGAAGAGCACCAGGAUGACCCUGGCAGUGAAGACACUCACCCCAGCACAGUCCAGAAUUGCAGUAAGACACGGAUCCAGAGACCCAAAACGGGGUCCAGCUGUUUCAGGUCCCAGAUUGCAGAGGCAUUGUUACCAGACCUUGGUGACAGGAUUCCUCUAGUCUCCUAUCCCAGCUCCACCCCCUGAAGCUUGGACAUCUACCUGAUGGCAAAGGGCCCACUGAAGCCCAUGGAUCCUGCAUUGUAGUGGAUAGAACAGUAGCUAUGUUUUCAUUAGAAUGUUGUAGCAGCAUGACCUUAUUGGUAAUGACCAAAUUACACUCUAGCUUGUGUGUAGAAAAACUGAUUAAGGAAUGUAAUUCCAAUUUCUUUUAGGACAAGUGAUUUGAUCCCUGUGUGUAAUAUCAGGAAUGACUGAAUCUUUUAAACCUGUAAAUUGUCAUUUUUUAAUGCAGGCUAAUUUUUAAAUUUCAGUGCAAAUUGCAAUUCUUUUCUUUUCAUUUAUGGCCACUUAGACUAGUUACUUUGCAUUUCUUUUCAUUUUUUAAUUAGUGGGUGUAUUAUUUCCAGACAAUUUACUUAAAAGACAUUCCAUUUUGCAUGCACAAAGCUUGUUUCCAUGAGGCAUAUCAAACAAAAUUCAGAAUUGAAUUUUAAAGGUACACAAAUUCAUGCUAAUAGAGAUAUCACUAUAGACUAAUUUGAGCUGCUAUGUGCCACUCAGAAUCAACCCUUUAGCCCUCUGGUGGAGUGCAGUGCAGGGGCUCUUUGCUAUAAGUUUACCCGGUAUCCAUCUUUGCACACUUACCGCAUAAAAUGAUUUAGUGCCACUUUCGGUUUGGUUGAAUGUGUCCUGCUCUUACAUCAUUUUGUCCCAACUGCAACCAGUCUAUGAUGUGCAUAAAAAUGUUUUAACGUGUUCAAGAAUGUGGUUUAAUGUGUCGAGAAAACACAUAAAAAUUAGAGAAAGUAAGAAUAAUUACAUAUUGAUUAAUGUGUCAAGGUAAGAAGAUAAAAAUAUUAAGAAGUGUUUUAUACAGCAAUUACUGUGAGAAAGUAUUUAAGAAUAAUUAUGUAUUGUUGUUCAAUGUACGACGAGCUAGACAUGGCUACAAAACCUUAAUAAAAAUAAGUGUUUGUGGGGGCUGCUGGAUAUGGCUCAUUCGGAUAAGGCACUAUGCUGUAGUGCACAGAUGGGUCUUGUGGCCUUGGAACAAAUCUGGACCAUGUCAUUGCUGACCAUGACUGCAUCGCCCAGGAUGUGGGUAGUUUCAGUCUAGGGGUAGUGACGCUGCAUAACUCUCAUGUCAACAUGGUGUCGAGCUUUCAAGCUUUCAUAUCACUGAUAUUAUCACCGCUGCUCCGAGGCUUGUUUCAAAUCACGUAAUCACAAAAUCCCAAGCUUCGUAAUAAUUGGUGACGUCUUCAACCAACAGCCAAGGCUCAUUCUAUUUCCUUAUUUCAUCCAUCCUUGCUUCCUUUCUUGCUUCCUAGUAUGCGAGGCAAAAUGGGUCAAAAAUACAUGAAAUUGACGUCCUGGAAUCAAGCAUUGUCAACGUGGGUGCAUUCUAGUGACUCAUUUAAUUCUUCCUUUGUCUCUGAGGUCCUUGACUGACCCAGAAAUUGAUCGAGGUGCGCCAUCUUGGAGGAAAUUCAAACCUGUUGAAUGUUCCUUCAAGAUGCUAGGAGCUAGGAAGCUCCUGAAGAAUUCUUGAGCAAGGAAACACGAGUGCAUCAUUUGCAGAAGUAUUUUUGGAGUGCAUGACGUAUAAUGAUUGACCUGAGGAUCCACAUCUUCCCAUCUUCCCUGUCUGUAAUUGACGUGGCUUCAAACUGACGCUUGAAAGAACAAGGACAUUCCAAUUGCCUUAUACACAUUUCCUGAAUUCCUUUGUCCUUACUUCCUUUCCUUGUGUCCUCCAAUGGGUGGACCUAGGAGCAAGGAAAGGAAGGAAGCAGAUAAAAUAAGUGAAUGGAAUGGGCCCACAUUGAUAAUGCAUGAUUCCAGAUGUCAGUUUCACAUAGUUUUGACCUGUUUGGCAUUCCAUACUAGGAAAGGAGACAAGGAAAGAAGAAAAAAUAAGCAGGUGAAACGCACCCAAGGAUGAGUAAAAGAAGCGAUUGGAUUGAGACCCAGCUCAAACAAUACCUGUUGAUGUGUCCGCUAUGACACAUUUGGGAUCAGCGGCUCUUUCACUCACAUAUUCCUCUAUUUGGGUGUAUGUGGAAAAAUGGGAUUCCUGUGUAUUUGUGCAAAACCUCUGAUUCCAUAUCAUCUCCUUCCUUUCCCACCCACAAACAUCCAAAAUGUAUAAAAGUGGUUCAAACGCUUCCAAUCCAUGGGUUUUCAUCAAAGAGAGACAUUUGAAAUUGCAUUUUAGAUUUUGUAGAGAUACUGUUAAUAUUGGAAGGUUCACGUAAGACUUCUUUUGUCAUUGAACAGAGCCCAUUGAAGGUGCGUGAUUUGCAACUGACACCUGUCCUUGAAUAAGUCUUCCAUGCUUCCCCACUUGCGGUCACAUCCCGAUAUUACUGCAGUGUCCAAUCCAGCGGUAACAAGCUGGACCAUCUAAGCAAGAUAUAACAGAGCAGAAAAAAUGUAUCUCAAUGUUUAAAAAUGUAAGAUAAACAAAUUAUUGAAGUUAUAAGUAACAAGAUCAAGUUACAUUGUGCUAUUAUAUAGUCUAAUAUCAGUGGUUCUUUUUAAUCUGUUAGUCCUCGUCCUAAUGAAGGAAUGUUCAUUGUGCUUCCGAAGAAGCCGACCAGUUCUUACUGCAUUACUGGUGGGAGAAGGUCAAUGAGGUGAUGGUCAGCUUUGUGCAUAUCAGCAAUGAGUUUCACUGUGGCCUGCAUCAUGAUGACUAUAUGUUUAAUUGUGAAACACCUUUUAUGAAUAGGCUCAGUUGGAAAGGACUUUGAGAAUACAUGGAAAUAGCAUUAAUGUUCAAAAACUAAAUUUUACAAUCAGGAGUUAGUGUUUGUCUAGGCAGGUGUCAAAUGCUUCGUGACAACACUUCAGCUUCUUUGCUUUUGAAAGCUUCACUCUGUGCAUCACUAUUAGAGCAAUUAUUGAAUAAAGCCCUAGCUGAAACCUCCCUCACAAUGAAGUAUUACAAAUAACAUCUUGCCUGACAUACACUACAUUCCUAAAAGUAUGCGGACACCUGAACAUCACACCCAUAUAUACUUGUUGAACAUCUCAUCCCAAAACCAUGGGCAUGAAUAUGGAGUUGGAUCCCCCUUUGCUGUACUGCUGCAACAGCCUCCGCUCUUCUGGGAUGGCUUUCCAUUAGAUUUUGAUACGUGGCUGCAGGGAUUCGCUUCCAUUCAGCCACAAGAGCAUUAGUGAGGUUAGGCACUGAUGUUGGACAUAAGGCCUGGCUCCCAGUCAGCAUUCCAGUUCAGUCAAAGGUGUUUGAUGGGGUAGAGGUCAAUGCUCUGUGCAGGCCAGUCAGGUUCUUCCCCAUAAAACUCAUUCAGCAAACCAUUUCAUUAUGGACAUUGCUUUGUACACAGGGACAUUGUCAUGGUUAAACAGGAAAAGGCCUUCCCCAAACUGUUGCAACAAAGUUGGAAGUGCACAAUACUCUAGAAUGUCAUUUCAUGCUGCAGCAUUAAGAUUUCCCUUCACUAGAACUAAGGGGCUCGCCAAAACCAUGAAAAACAGCCACAGACCAUUAUUCCUCCUCCACCAGACUUUACAGUUGGCACUAUUCGGGCCACUACAGUAGUAUGCUUUCUGCCAAACCUAGAAUAGUCCAUCAGACUGUCAGAUAGUGAAGUGUGAUUCAUCACUCCAGAGAACGCAUUUCCACUGCUUCCAAUGGCGGUGUACUUUACUCCACUCCAGCCAAUGCUUGGCAUUGCGCAUGGUGAUCUUAGGCUUGUAUAUGGCUGCUUGAUCAUGGAAACCCAUUUCAUGAAGCUCUUGACAAACAGUUCUUGUGCUGAUGUUGUUUUGAGGUAGUUUGGAACUCUGUAGUGAGUCUUGCAACUGACUUGCAACUGGCUGGGCUGUUGUUGCUCUAAUACAUUUCCACUUCACAAUAACAGCACUUUCAGUUGACUGGGGCAGCUCUAGCAGGGCAGAAAUUUGACUUGCAGCUGGAUGUCCAGGCAUGUGUUGGAAAUAGUGUACUGUAUCAUGAGCUUAGGCUAGGCUGUUGUUCACUGGUUGGCUUAAGGAUGAAUAUUUUUCCCAUUUAUUCUUAUGGUAUUAAAUUAGUUGUUAUCCACCCAAAUAGGAUGUAAAACUACACCUCUAUAAUUUACAAGAAUUCUUAUGGGAGAAAAUUCUCCUCUGUUGUUUCAUACAACAGUUUUUUUUUUGGAAUGUAACUGCAGCGUGUAGUGAGGAGUCCCUGUACAACUACACUACUUCACACAAUCAUUAUCUGUUAAUCUUCAUCUGAAUAAAAUCUUUCUAAAAUUUGAACAUCAAGACAUUUUCAAAUUAAAUUUAGGGAUUGCUUGAAAUGUGUUAAUUUUUGUCCAUUUAUUCCUAUCAAAAUGAUUUUUAAUUACUGCCAGAUGAUGUAAAGGGGAUAUUAGAUGAACAAUUUAAGUAUAACAUUAAUAGUGAAUAAUCUUUUUAAAAUAAAGAAAAUCUAUCCAGUA